UUAGAGGAGAAAAACAAGAAAAAAAAAUAUUCUGAACCAAUGGACUGCAGACACAGUACAGGAGAUGACCAGAGACUGCGGACAUAGUACAGGAGAUGACCAGAGACUGCAGACAGUACAGGAGAUGACCAGAGACUGCGGACACAGUACAGGUAAUGACCAGAGACUGCAGACAGUACAGGAGAUGACCAGAGACUGCGGACACAGUACAGGAGAUGACCAGAGACUGCAGACACAGUACAGGGGAUGACUAGAGACUGCGGACACAGUACAGGGGAUGACCAGAGACUGCGGACACAGUACAGGGGAAGACCAGAGACUGCGGACACAGUACAGGGGAUGACCAGAGACUGCGGACACAGUACAGGGGAUGACCAGAG